UUAAAGAAACAACACAAUAUGCAGUUUAUGGCCAUUUAUUUAAAUCACUUCAUCAUUUUUAUUCUUUAACUGCCUUAAACAUUGAAAGUAUUUGAGACGUUUAUUUUUAAAGCUUUAUUGAUGUGUGUGACAUUAUGGUGUUUUUAGCAUAUAUACAGUCUAGGGCUUUUAAUUAGUUUUCAGUUAUGAAGUUUAAACACGGUGUCGGUGCUGAUUUCUCCUCAGCAUCACCUGAACGCCCCUCUCUCUUCUGAUUGGCCAGACUCUCUAGCUUCUCAGUUUUCCUCUCUGAUUGGUCGCCUCGUGUGCCAGCUGUCCUGUAUUCCCGCCUCUGACCACAGCGGGGCGGGGCCCGUGUAAGUUUGGCGGUGACGUCAUCAGUGGACAGUCCAUGCCAUGAUGGCGGCGGCGGAGCGGGGCGGCGGUCCCGGUUCUUCUCCCGGUUCCUCCCGGCCUGUGGCGGAUUACUCGGUGCUGGUGGUGGUUGGGGCGCUGCGGCCCGCCGGUCUGCUGGAGCUGCUGCUGCGGCAGAUAGACUCAGGUGUGCGGUGUUGGCCCGUGGAUCUGGAUGUUUCUGUUCUGGAUCAGCAGCUGAAACUCUUCGUGUCGAGACACUCGGCCUUCCUGUCUGAAGACGUCCGAGGUCAGAGGACUCUGCAGCACAGUGGAGAUGUCCUGGACACUCAGGUUGUGGUGAAUCCAGCUCACGACUUUGUCUGUUCAGAGGUGCGCCGGCUGGUCUGUGCUCCAUCUCGACACAAACUGUUGGUUCUGGCCGGUCAGUGUGUCGAAGAGACCGGAGAUAUCGUGCUACAGAAAGGCAGCUUCUCUCUCAAUGACUUCUUCCACAUAUUUGCUGAUGAGGAGGUUGGAGAGUUGUUGAGCUCAGCUGAUCUGGCCGUGAAAGCCAGCCUCACCCUCAGCUGUCCAAACUACGGUUUUUGGAAGGAGUCUGAGUUGCAGAAACACAACCUUCAAGACUUCCUAAACAUUCAGAUCAACCCUCCCAUCAUCCUCCCAGAGAUGGAGGGUCUGCAGGAAUUCACAGAGUACCUCUCUGAGUCCCUGGAGCCUGAGUCGCCCUUCGAUCUCUUGGAGCCGCCAAGCACCGUGGGGUUCCUGAAACUCUCUCGGCCCUGCUGCUACAUCUUCCCUGGUGGGAGGGGGGACUCUGCCUUCUUUGCUGUUAACGGUUUUAAUGUCCUGGUGAACGGUGGUUCAGACCCCCGCUCCUGCUUCUGGAAACUGGUUCGACACCUGGACAGAAUCGACUCAAUACUCCUGACCCACAUUGGUGUGGACAAUCUACCCGGGCUGAACAGUCUGCUGCUGAGGAAAGUAGCGGAGCAGGAAGACGAGUCUGCUGGAUCUCAGACUGAAGAGGACUGGAUGAAAAACCUCAUCUCUCCUGAGAUUGGGGUGGUUUUCCUCAAUGUUCCUGACAGACUGAAGUCCAUUCAGGGAGAUCCCAGUGAGUUGAGGAGCUCUGACCAGGUGGCAUUCACUCUGCAGCACUUACAAAGGCUGGCAAUCAAACCUGAACCUCUCAGCCGGAUUAACGGACCCAGUAUAGAACCAGUCAUCUUGUUUCAAAAGAUGGGAGUCGGCCGUCUGGAGCUGUACACGCUGAAUCCAGUCAAUGGAAGUAAAGAACUUGAAGCUUUAAUGCAAAUUUGGCCAAGCAAUGGAUCAAAUGUAAAGGGCUCAAAUCUUCCACUACCAUGCCUUGUUUCCAUUUGUGCUUUGUUGGUCUGGCAUCCAUCCAGCCCUCAGGAGAAGAUCAUCCGUGUACUUUUCCCAGGGUGCACACCACAGACCAAAAUUCUGGAUGGACUUGAAAAACUCAAACAUCUGGAUUUCCUCAAACAUCCGUCAGUGUGUUUGAAGGACCUAGAAACAUCCAAAACUGAGAAACAACCAAAACGAGCAGAGAGUCGGGAAAGCCUUAAGUCCAAUUCUAAGGACUUCAGACCCAGUAGUGCCUUGCAGAAAGAAAAGCUUGGACGAGUUGAUGUCAAAAAGCAGGAGGUGAAAACAAAGCCAAAGGCAGCAGGUGACACUGCACCUAAAGACAAGAAAGAUGGGGAAGAAAAGCCCAAAUCAAAGGAUGGAGAUGUUAAAUCAAAGCCUCUGAAACCUGCUGAAAAACUUGUUCCAAAGAAAGAUGUGACAAAAGAAGAGAAAAAGGAAGUGAAAAAGAAGGAUGAGAAGGUUCCUGCUGCUGUUUUGAAGAAGGAAGAGAGUGCAGAGAAAAAGAAAGAAACUGCCAAGAAGGAAAUUCUGAGUACAAAACCAAAGAAAGACAUUAAACCUGAACCAAAAAAAGACGGCAAGAGGGAUGUAAAGACAGAGGAGAAGAAAACCACAAAACCAGCCGUGAAAGAAGUGAAGAAAACAACAAGUGGAGCUUCAAGUGCAGCAUCAACUGCAAGCACAGAACUAAAAAAAGCUUUGGGUAAGAGUGGGACUUUAAAGAAAGAUGGGACUCUUCAAAAGAAAGACACUUUGAACAAAGGGACAAAGGGUAAACCAGGUUCAAAGGAGCAGGAAAACCAGAAAGAGGCUGAUCGCUCCAAGGUGUCAACACCUGAGGACAUGACGGCUGAAUUUGAAAGACUUCGAAUGGAAGAUGACAAUGGAAAGAGUAGCCCAAAGGCCACAGUAGUCAUGAAUUCUGAUGGAGUAAAGACCAAUGGGAACCAGACCUUGACCAUAGAGAGUCCUGAAAUGUUUCGCUGUAUGGAGACGGACCAGGAAAUGGCCGCCGCCUCUUCACCUCUCGCCAAAACACCAAAAAGUGAUCUCAGUGUUAACUUUGAUCUUACUCCAACUGCGUACCAGCCAUUCGCAGGAUCCCUGAAAAACGGACCAGCAAGCUCAGAGGAGAAAACUCUGGAGCUGGUCUCUCCUGCAGAUUCAGCCCCUAACAGUGCAGGACAUACCCCUUUCCAUCAAUCCCCUGAAGAGGACAUUCAGUGUCUGGGAGAGGACAGUAGCCUUGGGGCGAGAGGGUCGAGUCUGGGCUUUGAGGAUUACAACCAGGGAGGUUCUUGCAGGACCUCAGACCUGAGCUCCCUGAGGGAGGGCCUGGAAAACUCCACAUCCUCUCACGAUAAACAGUCCAGCCUUCUGACUCUCAGUCCUUUUAAGGACAUGAUGCCAGACUCCUCUCCCACCAUGACCUCCAUGCCUGCUGAGGUUGGCUCGCCUCAGUCCACAGAGGUUGAUGAAUCCCUGUCGGUUUCUUUAGAGCAGGUGGUGCCACCUACUGCAAUGUCACCCAAAGGACCCAUGGGAGACAGAGUCUACUCCAAUGGCCACUUUAGUGACUCAGACUCCAACACAGGAAUGGCCUUACCUCUGCGGUCAUCCCAUAAUGGACGUUGUGGAAAUGGAUCAGAGGAGCACAUCCAUGGGAUGUCAGAGCUCACUUCAGAUGUUCCACAUGAUGUUGAUCUGUGUCUGGUAUCACCUUGUGAGUUCCAGCACCCCAAGACCCCAGAGAACCAUCAGCAGCAUGUUAGUCCUGGACUCUCCAUUGGCAUCUCUCCAGACAUUUCAGACAACAACAACCACUCCCAGGAUCAGAGCAGUAGCGAAUGCCCUUCAGCCUACAGCCAGGAAACUCCAGCCACAUCAGUCAGUGACUCUCUCACGACGGCCACAGACUCUGAUGUCCCCCCUGGCACAGAGGACUGUCCUUCCAUCACUGCAGACAUCGACUCUGAUGAUGAUUCCAGUAGCCUCUUUCCACCCAGUCAUCCACAAGAUCAUCCCAGUCUGCAGUACUCCCACAGGACCGGGCAGCUUUCCUCCCAUGACCCGCCACCAGCCCCAGUCAAAGAUCUGCCCCCGUUACCUCCCCAGCCUGGAGCCUGCAUGGCUGACGCAGAGGCUGAUGGAUCAAGCAAGAGUUUGAAGGCUUCAGCUGCUAAGACCAAGAAACCAUCAGGUACGAUGCUGAAGGUAACCUCUGGAAGUACCACGGCGCAGAAUGGAAAGUCCAAGGCCAGCAAUUCCACAGGGUCGCUAAAGAUGACCUCCAGUCUCGACACAAAACCAUCCUCCCGAAACUCACUUGGUGGAUCUAGAAUCGGAACUGCAAAACCAUCAUCCUUAGCCUCCAAAGUCACAGGUUCUGCAGGUUCUGAGGGUACUGCAGUCUACGUGGACCUGGCCUACCUGCCAUCCAGCAGUGCUUCCUCCACCGUGGACCAGGAGUUCUUCAGACGCCUUCGUUCCUCAUAUUACAUCGUCAGCGGAGAUGAUCCUGUGAAGGAAGUGUCGAUGAGGAGCAUCUUGGAUUCCCUGCUGGAGGGGAAGAGCAGUUGGCCAGACGUCCAGGUGACUCUGAUCCCGACGUUUGAUUCGCUGGCGAUGCAUGAGUGGUAUCAGGACACCCACGACAGGCAGAGGGAGCUGACGAUCACCGUGCUGGGCAGCAACAGCACCGUGGCCAUGCAGGAGGAGACCUUCCCCGCCUGCAAGGUCGAGUUCUGAGCCCCACCCACUCAAAUCAAACCACCUCACCUCUGAACAGGUGGAGGAGAAGUAGACAUUUAAUGUUGCCAUGGUUACGACCAGACCAAUGAAAGGACGUUUCCUCAAAAAUCUGUCAGCCACCAUCAGCGUUGGUCUGAAGGUUGAUGAGUUGUGAAGUCGGUUAAACGGUUAAAGUGAGAUUCAAGUCUCUUUCCUAAGAAACAAUUUCCUCACCUGUGUGACAUCAUCGUACGGUUCCCACCUGUCACCACCUGUCACUUCCUCUCUGCUGGAUCAGAACCUCCAGCUCACCUACCAGCUAUUAAACAUUAGCACAUUAGCAGGAGGGCUGGAUGUUAAUGUUCAUCUCAGUUUGAUUCAACUUUGGUUCAAAAUGUUCUGAUUUGAUUUGAUCCUUGAAUAUUUAGUUGCAUCAGUUAAAUGCAAGUAUUUCAUUACUAUAAGUGUGUCUUUAUCCUGAGAUCUUGGACCACUAGAGCAAGGCUGGAACAAAAUAAACAACCGAAAAGGAAACUAAAAAUAAAAAACAAGCACAGAACAUUUAAACAGAAAUAUUCACUGAGAGAAAGCACAGAGAUAAAGAUUCAUCUUUUUAAAAUUUGAUUUUGGAUCAUUCAACUGAAAAUACAAAAUACGUUUUUACCCGGCUGUAACUGGCAGCGGAGGUGUUUUCAAUGGGAACAUUUUUAAUUUUAGGUUUUUAUUCAGUUUUUAUGCCUGAGCUUAGUCCAAAUCUACUUUACAAGGACGUGAGCUGCUCGUAUGAGUCCGCGGACCAGAAACAACCCGUGUGUCCAUAAGGAAGUAUAAUUUAGAUUUUAGAGUUUACGAUUUUCAUGAUAACAAGAGGAGACCUUGCAAUAAAGAGAUUUGUAUGUCAUAGUUUAAAGACAUUUAUGUCUCGAUAACAAUAUCCCUUUAUCCCACAGUUGGAAAACUCAUAAUUACAAAAGCUCUAUUUUGUGAUUUAUCUCGUAAUUAUGUGGUCGUUAUCUCAGAUUUACACUAUAUCUCGCAAUUACAGUAUCGUUAUUUCGUAAUUAUGCAAGAUUUAUCCUAUGAUUACAUGAUCUUUAUCCCAAAUUUAUUUUAACUUUGUAUCAUAUUUACGCAAACUUUCUCUCACUUUAGAGAUUUAUCUUGUAAUUCAGUUUUAUGUCAUGAUUAUGCGAUCUAUCUCAUGAUUAUACGAUCUAUCCCGUAAUUAUGCAAUCUGUUGCUGGUAAGUAUCUUUAUCUUGUAUUUACAAGACUUUUCUUUGAGAUUACACAGGUUUCUUCGUAGUGAAGUGAUUUUAUCUUGUCAUUAUUCUGUCUUUACCUUGCUGGGACUCGGUCUUUGUCUCGUAAUUAUGCAACCUUUAUUUCAUCGUCACAGGCUAUUUAUCGUAUAAUUACUAGAUUCUUGUAAUUGUGAGAUGAAUAAUGGCUAAUGAAAUGUCUCUGUUAGUGAAUAUUAUGUUGUUGAGGUGAGUUCAGGUGUUUUCUGAUCCAACAGACAGAAACGACUGUAGAAUUAUAAUCUCACAUUAAUCUGUUUAAAUGAAGACGGAACCACAUGUUGUCUCCUCCUAUAAUUAGCUUAUUGAUCAGUUUUAUUGAGUGAAGGUUGAAACACAACUGCAUGCUGCACAGAUUUCAGACCUGAUCUAAAGUGUCACCUGUUUGUAGUGAAGGAGAAUCACUGAUAGAAAAACAUUUCCACUUUGUUCUUUGUUGAGAAACGUAGUUUUUAUUUUGACUCAGUCUAAGAAACACAGCAGCAGACUCAGGUUUCCUCUCAGUUUGAUCUCUGAACUACAUUACCCAUGAGCCUCAGCUGUUAGAACUCUACUCUCUUCUACAGAGUUCUACAGAGAUCAACCUGUAGUGUCGCCCCGCAGUUACCUGCCCGGCGAUACAGUUUGGAGCUCUCUCAUUGGACAGUUCAGAUCGACUCUGAGGGGAAAUCAAUAUAUUGAUGAUCAGUAUCCAUUCAGAACGUUCCUUUUUUUUCCUUUUGUUUAAAAUGUAGAAACGACUGAAACCAUGAAGAUAAAACUUGACCGUCCUUUUAUUUUUUGUUCUGCCUGUCAGAAAAAUCAAAAAACACAUUUCAAUUUAACUUAUUUAUUUAUUUUCAAUUUUACUUUUUACAAUUUGUCCUCAAAUUCACAUCUGCGGUUUGAACUUUGGUACGAGUUCAUCAUCAUUUAUCAGCUAAAUUUAACCUUUAAAAAUAUUUAUCUUGUUGUUUCACAUUAAUUCACGUCCAGUUUUAUAAAAAUAAAAUCUACCUGAGGUUCAUCAAUCAGUGAAUCUUUAGAAAAACCAUCAGAGUUCAGGGAGUUUAGUUUACUUUCAUUAUUUUCUCUGUUAAAUAAACAUCAGGACGUUUUUAUUAUACAGUACUGUAAGUGACUGUUAAAGGACCAGACCACAGUUUUUAUUAACAACACGUCCUGAGUUUGUUUCUGUUUGAGCCACAAAAUAAAUUAAAUGUUGAAAUAUUUAGAGAUAAAAGUUGAAAUUUUAUUUAAAUUACGUCAUAAUUCAGAAGAUUAAAUCAUCAUAUUUUAAGAUGAAUGAGAAAAGUUGAAAUUAAAACGUAUAACUGUUUCUGGUUAAAAAAACAUUUUUUUACACUUAAUUUUAUUGCUUUAGAUAUUUUGACCUUUUUAUAGUUUUGUGUAAAGUUAAAGUCACAUGUUAAAAUACUUAAUAAUCUAAUUAUGAAAAUAAAAAAUAAAUUAUGAUGUUAUUUUCAUGAAGUUCUAAGUUUAUCAUUAAUAUUUCAGAAACUUCAGUUACAAUCAGACGAAUUAAAGCCAUAAAACUAUAAAACUCAGAAAUGUGAUUUAUUUUGAUAUCCCCCCCCCACCACCACCACCACCACACACACACACACACACACACACACACACACAGGAAAUUUGUGUACUGAAACACUAAUUUUAAUGAUUCUUUCAAAAUAAAAGUAGCCCUUAAACAGUG